AUGUCCACACAAGAAUCAUCCAUUGUCCCAGCUGGUGCACGAUCUAUUGCCAAAAAUGGUGAGAAACCAGCCUUUGCACAGGAAGCAUUGGAUAUAGGUCGCCAGAUCAUCACUGCUAUGUACUGGGAGCUCGAUAGCCUAUGGAAACUGCAACAAGUGAUCACAGGAACGCCAUCCCAAGGAGAAAGACAGGCUUAUAGAAAUCACUCGGAGGCCGUCGGGACCUUCUUGGACCUUGCAGUAUCUUACAAAUAUGUUUACAUCUUCCAAUUGAUGACUGGAUCAUCUGCAGACAUCGAUCGGUGUUUGUUCUUCCUCUUCGAGCACGGGUGGGCCUUCUUUACCAUUUGCGCCAUGUCUGAAUCAUUCAGAAAGGCCUUCUGCGAGCUAGAGUCUGUUUUUUGUUGGAACGAGGUCAUGAAGGUGAUCUCUGCUAACCGGCGCAGUAUCGAAGUUUUUGUCCGAACCCGCAACAUCGACUGGCAGGCAUCCCUCCUUCCCUACCUCGAUCUGAAUCUUCCGGGCAUUUGCCAGGCAAUUAACUCCAAGGUAAACAUUGGCACAGAGCAUGCUCACCAUACGGUCCAGGUGUCGAGAGAUUUUCUGAAGCGCCCUAUUCACAAAGAUCAACAUCGGAUCGACGGUGUAUAG